ACCAACGUGCCCCUGCGCCAUCCCCAGUGUCUAGGAAAUUUAUUGAGGGCGGUCCCCGUCAACAUUGACUCUUCACCCACCCUUUGCUUCUCUCGUUGCUCCUUGCUGUGCACAAUGGGUGUCUUUGCAACCAUUGCCGGCCCGCUCGGCGACUUCACCUCAAACUCGUCCACGCCCGUCGUUGUCGCUGCCGGCUUCGCCUCCUUUAUCUUCCUGGCCAUUGUCCUCAAUGUCCUCAAGCAGUUCCUGUUCAAGAACCCCAAUGAGCCGCCUCUCGUCUUCCACUGGGUGCCGAUUAUCGGCAACACCGUCUGGUAUGGCAUGGAUCCGUAUUCCUUCUUCUUCGCCAACUACAAGAAGUAUGGCCCAGUCUUCACCUUUAUCCUCCUCGGUCGCAAGAUGACGGUCUGCCUCGACACUACUGGCAACAACUUUAUCCUCAACGGAAAGAUCAAGGAUGUCAAUGCCGAGGAGAUCUACUCUCCCCUCACGACUCCCGUGUUCGGCAAGGAUGUCGUCUAUGACUGUCCCAACUCGAAGCUCAUGGAGCAAAAGAAGUUUGUCAAGUUUGGCCUGACGCAAGAGGCUCUCCGCUCCUACGUAACCCUCAUCACGCAAGAAUGCGAAGACUUUUUCAAGCGCCACAAGGCUUUCAAGGGACAAAAGGGCACUUUCGAUGUUCCCAAGGUCAUGGCUGAACUGACCAUCUACACCGCCUCUCGAUCGCUCCAGGGCGAGGAAAUCCGCCGCUCGUUCGACUCCAAGUUUGCCGAACUGUACCACGACCUCGACAUGGGCUUCUCCCCUAUCAACUUUAUGCUUUCCUGGGCUCCGCUCCCCCAUAACCGUGCCCGUGAUAAUGCGCGCGAGACCAUGAUUCAGCUUUAUUCUGAGCUAGUUCGCAAGCGGAGAUCCGGCAACGUCAAGAAGGACUCUCACGAUAUGAUCUGGCAUCUGAUGGAUUGCAAGUACAAGGAUGGCACACAGGUUCCUGAACACGAGAUUGCUGGAAUCAUGAUUGCUCUGCUCAUGGCUGGUCAACACUCAUCCUCUUCGACCAUUUCCUGGAUCCUGCUCCGCUUGGCACAGAAUCCCGAAAUUGUAGAUGAGCUUCUUGCAGAGCAAAAGGCAGCCAUGGGUGAAGAUCUGCCUACUCUGACGUAUGAGGAUCUCGACAAGCUGCCUCUCCACGCCCAAGUGGUCAAGGAAACCCUUCGUCUCCAUGCUCCGAUCCACUCCAUUAUGCGCAAAGUCAAACAGCCUCUUGUCGCUGAUGGAACAAACUACGUUAUCCCUACUUCUCAUCAUCUCAUGUCUUCGCCUGGCUUCUCUGCUCAACUCGAUACUCACUUUGUCAACCCCUCUGUCUGGGACCCACACCGAUGGGACGCCGAGCAGGACAGCCAAAACGCGGAUGAGGAUGACGACGACGAGAAGAUUGAUUAUGGCUGGGGUGUUGUGUCCAAGGGCACCAAAUCGCCAUAUCUCCCUUUCGGCGCCGGAAGGCACCGAUGUAUUGGCGAGCAGUUUGCCUAUCUCCAACUCCAGACUAUUCUUGUUGCAUUUGUCCGUGAGUUCAAGAUUAGGAACAUUGGAGGUAGCAAGAAUAUCAUCGGGACUGAUUACUCGAGUUUGUUCUCGCGCCCUCUUGCUCCUGCCGUUGUUGAGUGGGAGAGAAGGCAUGGACAGUUGUAACUAACUCUUCUUCAACUUGGGGUCUGAGGAAAAAAUGGUGAGCUGUGCAGGAAUGGGGCGGUGUAAUGACAUGAAUGUCUUGUUUUUCUCCAUUUGGCUGUUCGACGAGGUGUGGUAAUCGCGGACAUGUGCACAUUUAGACUUUUCAAAGACAUACUGUCUAGAUUCUAGUAUAUCAUAAUAGCAGUUUAAUGAAAGAUGAAGAAAUUAAAAGAACAACAUGUAGUUCAUGGUCGAG